UCGCGCUCGCCCUACGGCUUGGGCCGCCUAGCCCAUCCCCGAGCCCGGCGGCGGCUGCAGCGUCGGUUCUCGGCAGGCACACGGAGAGCCGGGCGCACACGCGGGAGCUGAGGGAGGCAGAGUAGGGAGUGGAGCCGCCCCGCUGUCGCCGGUCCCUCCCCGAGGCCGACACCUCCGCUCCGCGUCGCCGCUCCGUCCCCGCCGGGCCGACCCUCCCGCGGCUGCCCUCGCCCCUCGGUCGCCUCCCCGGGCGCAGCGCGCACCCACCCGGCGCCAAAGUUGCGACUGGUGGCCCGCGCGCGCUGCGAGCGGCCGCGCCAACUUCCCAGCCCACGCCGCCCGGGUCCCCGCGGUCCCCCGCCUCCAGCCCCGGCGGCGCGCGGGGCAGAGCUUAGGUGGCGGCGGCGGCCGAGGUGGCAGCGAAAGCGGCGGCGGCGGCAGCGGCGGCGGCCGCUGCAGCCACACACUCAGUCGCCAAGCUGGAGGAGCGACGGAAGCCCGACCCCAGGAGGAUGGAGGAUGAAGCUGUCCUGGACAGAGGGGCUUCGUUCCUUAAACAUGUGUGUGAUGAAGAAGAAGUAGAAGGCCACCACACCAUCUACAUUGGGGUUCAUGUGCCCAAGAGCUACCGGAGAAGGAGACGUCACAAGAGAAAGGCAGGGCACAAGGAAAAGAAGGAAAAGGAAAGAGUCUCUGAGAACUACUCAGACAAAUCCGACGUGGAAAAUGCCGAUGAGUCCAGCAGCAGCAUCCUCAAGCCGCUCAUCUCACCUGCCGCAGAACGCAUCCGGUUCAUCUUGGGAGAGGAAGAUGACAGUCCGGCGCCUCCUCAGCUCUUCACUGAACUCGAUGAGCUGCUGUCUGUGGAUGGACAGGAGAUGGAGUGGAAAGAGACAGCAAGGUGGAUUAAGUUUGAAGAAAAAGUGGAGCAGGGUGGGGAACGAUGGAGCAAACCCCAUGUAGCCACGCUGUCCCUGCACAGCUUGUUCGAGCUGAGGACCUGUAUGGAGAAAGGAUCCAUCAUGCUUGACCGGGAGGCGACGUCUCUCCCGCAGCUGGUGGAGAUGAUUGCUGACCACCAGAUCGAGACAGGCCUACUGAAGCCUGACCUUAAGGAUAAGGUCACGUACACGUUGCUUCGGAAACACCGACAUCAAACCAAGAAAUCCAACCUCCGGUCCCUGGCUGACAUCGGGAAGACGGUCUCCAGUGCAAGUAGGAUGUUUACCAACCCUGAUAAUGGUAGCCCAGCCAUGACCCAUAGGAAUCUGACUUCCUCCAGUCUGAAUGACAUUUCUGACAAACCUGAGAAGGACCAGCUGAAGAAUAAAUUUAUGAAAAAGCUGCCACGUGAUGCAGAAGCUUCCAACGUGCUCGUCGGGGAGGUCGACUUCUUGGAUACUCCUUUCAUUGCCUUUGUUCGGCUGCAGCAGGCUGUCAUGCUGGGUGCCCUGACUGAGGUCCCUGUGCCCACCAGGUUCUUGUUCAUUCUCUUAGGUCCAAAGGGGAAAGCCAAGUCCUACCACGAGAUUGGAAGAGCCAUCGCCACCUUGAUGUCUGAUGAGGUGUUCCAUGACAUCGCUUACAAAGCAAAAGAUCGGCACGACCUGAUUGCUGGCAUUGAUGAGUUCCUAGACGAAGUCAUUGUCCUUCCACCUGGGGAAUGGGACCCAGCAAUCAGGAUAGAACCUCCAAAGAGUCUCCCAUCAUCUGACAAAAGAAAGAAUAUGUACUCGGGUGGAGAGAAUGUUCAGAUGAAUGGGGAUACACCUCAUGAUGGAGGACACGGAGGAGGAGGACACGGUGAUUGUGAAGAGCUACAGAGAACUGGCCGGUUCUGCGGUGGAUUAAUUAAGGACAUAAAGAGGAAAGCACCAUUUUUUGCCAGUGACUUUUACGAUGCUUUAAACAUUCAGGCUCUUUCGGCAAUUCUCUUCAUCUACCUGGCAACGGUAACCAACGCCAUCACUUUCGGGGGCCUGCUCGGGGAUGCCACCGACAACAUGCAGGGUGUGUUGGAGAGUUUCCUGGGUACCGCCGUCUCUGGAGCCAUCUUUUGCCUUUUUGCUGGCCAACCGCUCACCAUUUUGAGUAGCACAGGACCUGUCUUAGUGUUUGAGAGGCUUCUGUUUAAUUUCAGCAAGGACCAUAAUUUUGACUACUUGGAGUUUCGUCUUUGGAUUGGCCUGUGGUCGGCCUUCCUGUGUCUCCUUCUGGUGGCCACUGAUGCCAGCUUCCUGGUUCAGUACUUCACUCGUUUCACGGAAGAAGGUUUCUCCUCUCUGAUCAGCUUCAUCUUCAUCUACGACGCUUUCAAGAAGAUGAUCAAGCUAGCCGACUACUAUCCUAUCAACUCAGACUUCAAAGUGGGAUACAACACACACUUCUCCUGUGCUUGCCUGCCGCCGGACCCCGUUAAUCUCUCAGUGUCCAUCGAUACCACACCAGCCCCAGAGGACCUGCCCACGGUUUCUGCUGCUGACAUGUACCAUAAUGCUACCUUUGACUGGGCCUAUUUGUCAAAGAAGGAAUGUUUGAAGUAUGGAGGAAAACUCGUGGGAAACAACUGUGAUUUUGUUCCUGAUAUUACCCUCAUGUCCUUCAUCCUCUUCCUGGGCACUUACACCUCUUCGAUGGCUAUGAAAAAAUUCAAAACUAGUCGUUACUUUCCAACAACGGCAAGAAAACUGAUCAGUGAUUUUGCCAUUAUCUUGUCUAUUCUCAUAUUCUGUGUAAUAGAUGCCCUAGUAGGUGUGGACACUCCAAAACUAAUUGUGCCAAGCGAGUUCAAGCCAACAAGUCCUAACCGGGGCUGGUUUGUCCCGCCAUUUGGAGGAAACCCCUGGUGGGUGUGCCUUGCCGCUGCUAUCCCGGCUCUGUUAGUCACCAUUCUGAUUUUCAUGGACCAGCAAAUCACAGCUGUGAUUGUGAACAGGAAAGAACAUAAGCUCAAGAAGGGAGCUGGGUACCACCUGGACCUGUUCUGGGUCGCCGUCCUCAUGGUGGUGUGCUCCUUCAUGGCUCUUCCCUGGUAUGUGGCUGCUACUGUCAUCUCCAUUGCUCACAUCGACAGUCUGAAGAUGGAGACAGAGACUUCUGCACCUGGAGAACAACCCAAGUUUCUCGGAGUGAGGGAGCAAAGAGUCACUGGAACCCUUGUGUUUAUUCUGACUGGCCUGUCCGUCUUCAUGGCUCCCAUCUUGAAGUUUAUCCCCAUGCCUGUUUUGUAUGGUGUGUUCCUGUACAUGGGCGUGGCCUCCCUUAACGGUGUGCAGUUCAUGGACCGUCUCAAGCUGCUUCUGAUGCCCCUGAAGCAUCAGCCUGACUUCAUCUACCUGCGCCACGUCCCCCUGCGCCGAGUCCAUCUCUUCACCUUCCUGCAGGUGUUGUGCCUGGCUCUGCUCUGGAUCCUCAAGUCAACAGUGGCUGCUAUUAUUUUUCCAGUCAUGAUCUUGGCACUCGUAGCUGUCAGAAAAGGUAUGGACUACCUCUUCUCCCAGCAUGACCUCAGCUUCCUUGAUGAUGUCAUUCCAGAAAAGGACAAGAAAAAGAAAGAGGAUGAGAAGAAAAAGAAAAAGAAGAAAGGAAGUUUGGAUAGUGACAAUGAUGAUGAGAAAGAUCAUCAACAUUCCUUGAACGCCACACAUCAUGCUGAUAAAAUUCCUUUCCUCGAGUCGCUGGGUAUACCAAGUCCUCCUAGAACUCCAGUGAAAGCUGUGCCUCAAAUUAGAAUAGAACUUGAGCCUGAAGACAAUGAUUAUCCCUGGAGGAACAAGGGAACAGAAACUACAUUGUAACCUGUUUGUCUUUCUCAAAACUGACAGCUGUGUUGUUAACCGCUCUAAUUUUUUUCUUUCUUUUCUUUUUUUUUUUUUUUUUUUUGUCUGUGUAUUUUAAAACUUUUGUUCCGUCACUGGCUGAAUACUACAGUCACUCUCUCUGCUUUUCUCUUGCAUAGGUAAAAUCAAGACAAUAAUGUCCCUUUCCUUUAAGAAAGAACACAAAAAAGCACCUGGGGGAUCAUGCUUUCGUUUCCAGGUGUUCAGACGUGUCCUCUGACAUGUAAAUCCCUGUCACUCAAGACACACACACAGAGGCUGCCCUUGUCAAGCAGAGAUCAAAAGUAUUAAGCAUUUUGUACCACCUUUUAUGAACCUGUUGAAGGAACUUAUGACCCAAGCUUAGAGCUGUGCUUACUGGCUUGCCAUUGUCUGGUAGAGUGGCCCUUGACCUCCAGACUGAGUCCCUUCCUGCUUACAGAGCCCCCGAGGCUGGAAGAGUGCUGCUACCGACCUGCCCUUGCUCGUCAGCCCUGAUCUUAGAGUUAUCAAAAGCAGAAACACUAAUGGUACUUCGCUCCCUGUAGAAAAACCUUUGCCAUCAUUGUAGCAAGUGCUGGAAUGUCCCUUUUCCUAUGCAACUUUUUUAACCCUUAAUGAACUUAUCUGUUGAGUACAUCGAAGAAUAUUUUUCUUCCUAGAUUUUGUUGUUUAAAUUAUGGGGCCUAACCUGCAACUUAUUUUUUGUCAAUUUUUUAAACUUUUUUUUAAUUACUGUAAAGAAAAUGAAUUUUUUUCCUGCAGCAGGAAACAUAGUUUUGAGUAGUUCUACCUCUUACCUGUAGCUGCCAGGCUUUCUGUAAAAAUUGUAUUGUAUAUAAUGUGAUUUUUACAUACACACACACACACACACACACACGGAUAAGCCAGAAGGCUAGAACAAAUUAAAAGAAAAACAAAACACCAUGUUUCUAAGAAUCUGUUGGGUUACUGUUUUUCCCCUUUCUUCAAAAUAACUGUAACUGUUGUGUGAAGGAGUCGGGGAGAGAACAAGUGGAAGAGGGUUAACUCACGCAGCGGGGAUGGUCAUGCUGGGAGCAGAUGCUGCUGUCUGGCAUGUCCAUGUCCCGUGCAGUAUUGGUAAAGAUUUCCUCGUUUGAACAAUUUGUGUGCUUGUGUAUGAACUCUGUGUGUGGCUGUUGCACACUUGUGCAAAGUCAGAUAAAGAGUGACAGUAGACAGAGGAGAAACUUGCCAAGCCCCUUGUGUCCAUUUCCAUAAAACCAAACCACUGCUGAAAAAUCUCCUAAGGGCCAAGAAAUUUAUCAUGGAAAUUCAGGUGAAUAUGUCUUAUUAAUUAUUCAGACAUUCAUCAACAUCACAGAUACAGUUCAUGUCUGUAUUUGCAGUACAAAAGCCAUAACAAUAUUAACAGCCCUGUCUCACAUCUAUAACGGGAAGAAUGCACAUAGAUCUACAAAGACAGUUUAAAGUGCUCAAGUACAUGGGUUUAUAGAACACGGUGGUUGGAUUACUUUGAAUAUAUAUGUGUGUAUGUGUGUGUGUAUGUAUGUGUUUCAUUAUACCGUGUUAACCUUUAUUAGCCAAAUUGACUGUGGCAUUUGAUUUUUAGUAAGUCAUAUUAUAUACUGAGUGUAUAUGAAAAUAACGGUUUAGAUUUGGAAUCCACACUUUGGGAUUUGUAUAACAACAGUUGUAAUGUACACUCACUGUCAGGCAUUACUAAAAGAAUUAGAGAAGCAGAAAUGAACCGCAUUUUGGUUCUGUGGUGUAUUCUUAUGGACCCCAAUUUCUUACAGUAACUAAAAUAUAAUUCUGCUCUCCUAAAAUUUUGAUAAGAGUUCUAUUAUCUUAAGUUAACCGUUAUUUUUACAGUAUUUGGUCAUCUUAAAACUUUAAAUUUUAUAGAAACUAAGCAGAAAUGACAUCAUAAAUAAUCAUUGAAAUGAUAGCAGGAAAUGACAUGGUAUUUGUAAACAUCUCAAAUGAUAAUUUUUACAUCACAUUUGUAUCCAGAGCUAUUAAAUGAUAAAAUGGUUAUCGUCUAUUGCCUAGUUUUCUAUUAAACCAUGUAAGUAAUCUUACCUUUUUAGCGAUAGAAACCUCAGUAGAACGUUUAAAGGCAUGCGUAGUAAAGGUAGUCCUUCUUGAUGUUAAAUCAAAAACACUUUGUUUACUUUUCUGAAAUCUCUGGAGAUAUAUGUAUAUGUUUAUAUAUUAUACAUAUACACGCACAGAUAUAUUCUAAUUAUGAAUCAAGUUUAUUUAGAGAUCCAUGGUCCCUUUCCUCCUUUUCCGAGAGUUCCUGAAGUAACCUAACUCAGGAUUCAGUUAAAUAAAAUCCCUAUUUUUUGGCUGGGUAGAUGGUUAGCACUCUCGAAAUGAGCAUAAAGUCAUACCUUCCUUUUGCUGUGAGGAAGAGUUAGCACCACGCCCUCUCAUGACUCCUGUAGUUCCCGCACUAACCCGCAGAUCCCCAAAUCUCCAAGGAAACACCACAUUAUCUGAAUCUGGCUGAAUUUGCUUCUUGGCUGAUAACUAAACAGAUUUUAGGGUGGUUUUGUUUCUAUGUAAACUGGACACAAAUAUAGCAAUGGAUUCUUUAUAAUGCCUUCCUACCCUUCCUUCCUGGCUGUGAAUGUGGAGAUUAAUGUUUCUUGAAGACUCAGAGGUGUUGAACAGGAAUACUGUGGUUGUGCAGACCGACUGUGAGAAGGAAGAUAUGUGGGCUGAACCUGCCUAUCGAGGCAUGAGGCCUCCGGCUUGCAGAAGCCUUUGGAGAUGCUGUUCCUUUCCUACUGUGUGCAAAAACUACUUGGAAUCCGGACCGUUUUGUGUGUUGGAGCCAGUGUUGUUUCAGCUUCUCCUUCCAGUAAAGUUGAGGGAUGGGGCUGGGAAGUAUUCCCUUGAGAAGAGGUAAAGAAAACCUCUCUCCUCAUCCCCCACCUAAGAGAAGGGGUAUCUACUGUCAAUAAUUCAGCUUAUGUGCAUUUUGGGCACAUGUAACAACACACACAGAGUAAAUCCUUUGUUGGCUAUGUAUCGGUGUUUAAUAGAGCAAAUGAUUGUCUUCCAUGUUUUUGUUUCUUUUUUUUUUAACUGUGUUAAAGUACUUGAAAUGUAUCAACUGCUGACUAUCUUUCAAAAACAAAACCAUUUGAGUUAUAUUGCAGAGGUUAGCAUUGAUCGGGAAUGGGACAAAGUUUUCUUCAAUCUUUUUCAAACCACUUCAUGAUUUUGGUGCAAGAACCUGAGAUGCUCUUCUUUAUAGCCUGUGAUAUUCCCCGUCUGCUCUCAUCGCACUAAGUGACUGGAGACAGUCAGCAGACAGCAGCUCUUCCCUGUCGGAGGAGCCUUGGGAACGUGCAGAUGACUUCACUGAGCUCUGUGGCAGCCUGAAAUGAAAACCCUUUUGUAAUACCUGUGAAUCUGGUGACUCGCGUGUUGACCAGAGAUUUGGAUAUAGCUUAUUCCUGGUUCAUUUCAUUGUGCUCUAUGGAUACACACAAGAAUCCUGAAUUCUGUUUCCUAGGCAAAUACUGCAACUCAGGGCUAAUGUCACCCAGUGAAUCCUUAGAGCCCGAAGUAACUUUGUCCCAGGCCGGCAAUGCGCAGUGAUGCAGACUUGCCUCCUUGCAGCCUUUUCCAGGGCUGGUCCAUAUCCGUACACAUUACUGCUCACGAUCAGUACGCACUUUCAGAUAGUCUUAUUUUUAUUCUCUUAAGUCUUUAUUAACUUUGGAGAAAUGAUGCAUCUUUUUAUUUUAAAUGAAGUAGAUCAACAUGGUGGAACAAAAUGAUAAAGAACAGAAAACAUUUCAAUAUAUUACUAAUAAUUUUUUCCAAUAUGAAACCUAAAAUUCCUAUAACAUAGUAUUUUACAGUUUUAUGAAGCUUUCUAUUGUGACUUUUAUGGAAUUAAGAGAUGAAGAAGAUGAGAUAUUUUAGCAUUUAUAUUUUUCAAAAUUAAAUGUAUACUUAAAAUAAAGUAACUUUAUGCA